GCCCUGUCGUCGCGCCGGCGAACCGUCGUAUAUAUCGUGAGAUAGAGAAGGUCGUCAGUCACGAGAUCCGAAACGAUGGAUGCCACCGACGGGAAACUCAAGCGAUUUCAAGAUGUGGAGAAAGAAUCUAAAUUCGGCUACGUGUUCGGCGUCUCCGGACCCGUGGUUACUGCCGAAAAGAUGGCCGGAGCGGCCAUGUACGAAUUGGUUCGAGUCGGACAUGAUUCUCUGGUCGGAGAAAUUAUUAGAUUGGAAGGUGAUAUGGCGACUAUUCAAGUCUACGAGGAGACUUCGGGUGUGACCGUCGGAGAUCCCGUGUUGAGAACCGGUAAGCCUCUUUCUGUCGAACUAGGUCCCGGGAUUAUGGGGAGUAUCUUUGAUGGUAUCCAGCGACCUCUCAAAGACAUAAACGUGAAGACCGAGUCUAUUUACAUUCCAAAGGGUAUCAACAUCCCCGCCCUCAGUAAGGUUGCUAAGUGGGAUUUCAUGCCCACUAACGUGAGAGUGGGGAGCCACAUCACCGGUGGUGAUAUUUAUGGAAUCGUUCAGGAAAACACUCUGAUAAAGCAUAAGAUAAUGCUCCCUCCCAAGUCAAAGGGAAAAGUCACCUAUGUUGCCGAGGCUGGUAGCUAUGAUGUGACGGACGUGGUGCUGGAGACCGAAUUCGACGGAGAGAAGUCUCAGUACACCAUGCUGCAAGUCUGGCCGGUCCGGCAGAUGAGACCUGUGACCGAGAAGCUGGCGGCCAACUUUCCCUUGUUGACCGGACAGAGAGUCCUGGAUUCGCUCUUCCCCUGUGUGCAGGGCGGCACCACCGCCAUUCCCGGAGCUUUCGGUUGUGGGAAGACCGUCAUCUCCCAGUCGCUGUCUAAGUAUUCCAACAGUGACGUGAUCAUCUACGUUGGGUGCGGGGAGAGAGGAAACGAGAUGUCUGAGGUAUUGCAGGACUUUCCGGAGCUGACCGUCGAGAUCGACGGCUGCGUGGAGUCGAUCAUGAAGCGCACGGCGUUGGUCGCCAACACGUCCAACAUGCCGGUGGCUGCCAGAGAGGCGUCCAUCUACACGGGCAUCACACUGUCCGAGUACUUCCGUGACAUGGGGUACAACGUCUCCAUGAUGGCGGAUUCGACUUCCAGGUGGGCGGAGGCCCUGAGAGAGAUCUCUGGACGUCUGGCAGAGAUGCCUGCGGAUUCAGGAUAUCCCGCCUAUCUGGGCGCCCGUCUGGCUUCUUUCUACGAGAGGGCCGGGCGUGUGAAGUGCCUGGGAAAUCCGGAAAGAGAGGGCAGCGUCACCAUCGUUGGGGCCGUGUCGCCACCAGGAGGCGACUUUUCGGAUCCCGUCACGUCUGCCACACUCGGGAUUGUCCAGGUGUUCUGGGGAUUGGAUAAGAAGUUGGCCCAGCGUAAGCACUUCCCUUCUAUAAACUGGUUGAUUUCUUACAGUAAAUAUACUACUGCACUUAACGAUUUUUAUGAGAAAAACUUUCCCGAAUUUAUCGCUCUUCGAACCAAAUGCCAACAGAUUUUGCAAGAGGAGGAAGACCUGUCGGAAAUUGUGCAAUUGGUAGGUAAAGCUUCAUUGGCUGAAGUUGACAAAAUUAAAUUGGAAGUGGCAAGAUACAUCAAAGAAGAUUUCUUGCAGCAAAACGGAUACAGUGCUUAUGACAGAUUUUGUCCGUUCUACAAAACGGUUGGAAUGUUGAGAAAUAUGAUGACUUUCUAUGAUCAGGCUUGUCAUGCAGUAGAAUCAACUUCUCAGAAUGAGAAAAGAAUCACCUGGGCAAUGAUUCGCGAAGCUAUGGGCGAUAUAAUGCAUCAGCUGAGCAGUAUGAAAUUUGCCGAUCCCGUCAAGGAUGGAGAAGUGAAAAUAAAACAAGAUUUCGAAGCUCUACAAGAAGCUAUUGGAGUAGCAUUCCGUAAUCUUGAAGACUAAGUUUUUUUAUAUAUAUUUAUUGGUGACAUUGCAAAAAAAAGGAAUUAAAGAAUUAGACCUAAUUAUGCAAUAAUUGGGAAAAUGUAAAAGUUAAAAUCAUAAUUCCAGAAGUUAUAAUGCAGGAAAGAAUGAUAUUAACCCAAAGGAUUUUCCUCUAAAUAUCUGGAAAAUUAAAUUUUAGAAAAUUUUUGUUGGUUGUAAUCAAGAUCUCGAGAGAUAUUGCUGUUGUAUUUGUGAAAAAUAUAUUGUUAUUAUGUAAGACUGAAAUGAGUUUAAAAAAGAAUAAAACAUUCCUCUUGACAUUGUCAAAAAUCUAGUGAAAAUGUAAGUGAAAAUUAGCAAUAAAUAUAUAUCGAAUGUUAAUAUUCAUUUUUUUAUAUUGUAUGCAUAAAUUUUAUAAUCGUGAAAUUACAAUGAAGUCAAGCUUUAAUGUAAAAUAAUUGGAACCUUGUUCAUCUUUUAAUAAAUGAGUAUUUCGGAUGUUAAUAUUGUGUACGAACUGCUCGUUCACCAAAGGAAAGAAAACCCGACUGCAAAUAGAAACUAAAAUCAUUCAUAUCGAACAUGCCAAAUGUGAUGAUUUAUAAAAAAAAAAAAAGCUUAUCUUAAAUUAUUCUAUGGUAGGUGUAUGUUGUUUUGAAUAGAUGUGCUACCAAACAUUAUUAUUGUUGGUUGGUUUUGAAUGUGUGUUGCUGAGGGGACAAAUGCCUUAGUUAUUUACAAAACUCAAAUUCAUUAUUGUACUAAUGCAUAAAAUAUUUACAUAUCUUGAACAUAACUGAAAAAAAUUGUUUUAGAAAUGUUCUUAGGCUAAUUUAGUCCAGUAGCACUCCAAACAAUCUUUAUACAGCUCAUGAAAUACAAUAUAAAAUGAAACACUUCAUGUUUGGAAUUGAAAUUAUACACAUUUAUGGAGCAGUUACAAACACAUUUUUCUAAGUUAUGGUGUACAAGACCUACAUAUAGUUAGUUCUUGAUUACCAGAUAAUUCAG